UUAGAUGGCUUUGUUGUAUGUAUCUCUGGAGAUACAUAUGCUGGUAGCAAGCUAAUGAGCAUUGUGGAUGUUUUCUGGACACUUAGCAAUCAUUCAAGUGUCUGGUUUACUUCUUGCCUCAGCAUCUUCUAUUUACUGAAGAUAGCCAAUAUAUCCCACCCAUUUUUCAUCUGGUUGAAACUAAAGAUAAACAGAGUCGUCCUGGGAAUUUUUCUGAUGUCCUUCCUUACCUGUGUAAUUAUUAGUGUUUCAUUGAAUGAGGACUUCUGGGAUCCCUUCCAAGUUAGUCAUAAGGAAAACAUAACUUGGGAAUUCAAAGUGAGUAAAAUCCCAAAUGGUUUCAAACUGGUUAUCCUGAAUCUAGGAGCUAUCAUUCCCUUUGUUCUUUGCCUAACUUCAUUUCUCUUGUUACUUUUCUCCCUAUUUAGACACAGCAGGCAGAUGAAACUUUAUGCCACCAGGUCCAGAGACCCCAGCACAGAGGCUCACAUGAGGGCCAUAAAGGCAGUGAUCAUCUUUCUGCUUCUCUUCGUUAUGUACUAUGCAGUCUUUCUUGUAGUAACCUCUAGCUUACUAAUUCCUCAGGGAAAAUUAGUGGUGAUGUUUGGUGGCAUGAUAGCCGUCAUUUUCCCAUCAAGCCAUUCGUUCAUCUUGAUAAUGGGGAACAGCAAGCUGAGGGAGGCUUUUCUAAAAGUGCUAAGGAUUGUGAAGGGUUUCUGCAAAAGAAGGAAACCUUUUGUUCCACAGAGAAUCCUGAAUACAAGGAGAAAGAAAUCAACAAAAGACCCUCUCCCUUGUCCCAGUUGA